GAUUUUCAAUCGGAUGAAAGUGUUGUCGAAGUCGUCAUUCGAGUGUUGGCACUUUGUAAAUAAUUCGAUUACCUACCCUUUUUCUUAAAGGUUUUCUCACUCGACCGUGUGCCGGAAUUGAAAACAUUUUAAAGUACGAACUGAACUUGACCGACAAGCAGACAGACUGUGUAUGGGGAGGCACAAACCAACACGGCACAAAAAAACGAAACCGAGAGAGCACCGAAGAGAAUGAAAGUGAGAGCGUGAGACUUUAAAAUUCAAUGUUAACGAACAGUACGCUAAACUAAGAUAACGCGGCGCGCCAACGGACGACGAUACGCAUCGGCACCUGUUGGUUGGUUGCGUAUCAGCAUCCACGUGCCCUCUCCGUUUCCAUAGUUACUGCCUCUUGUAUCAUUCAUUGGCGACCGUGCCGAUUGCUUUGAGUAAUUGCUUGGAGUCACAACUGAAAACAAUCCCUCGACUGACACUCGAUCGGUGUCGAAACGAAUUUUGCCAGCGAGGGGUGGAAAACGUGAAACUGAUAGGAAGCGCUAGUAGCGCCCGGGCAAUCGCAUCGGAAUGACGUACUCGAUCAGUUGUUAGUAUUCAGUCGUCGCGAGUGUUUACAAUUUUAGUAGUAGCCGGAUGCGUCUUUCGGAGAACUCACGUCCGCCAGCAAACGAACAACCGAUCGUCAUCGAUCAUGAGCAAUCCCGGUCGAAAGUUGUGGAGGUUACCGAGAUGAGUUCCACCACAAAUCCCCAAUCGACGACGAUCAGUAGUGUUGUUGGGGAUGGAGGUCGAAUUCGGCGGAUCGAAACCUACAAAUCGGUCGAAACGCGGCACAGUAAAUCCAUCAGCAUCACCCAGCGAACCCAGAGGGUGAUCCAGAAGAGUCAUGCCGGGGUGCAGACGGAAAAUCCGAAAACUAGUGGUGAUACGAUCCUCUGCUGGGAACGGUUGCUGAGCUGGAGUGAGCGGCGACAAAUUACGACACGCUUCCAGGCCGACAUCCAAACGCUGAAGGAUGGACUGGAGGAGCUCGGCAGCAAGGCGUUCGAUUUCACCUCCGAGGAACACAUCCAGCUGGCCAUCGAUCAGUUGAAGCUGGAGCGCAAGGUGCUGCAGGAUCAGCGGCCCAAGAUGCUAACCCUGAACGCGGCGGUUCACAAGUGGAUCUCGGUCCAGGAACUGGAACGCAAGGAACUGCUCGAAGACACCGAAGGCAGUGUUGCCGGUGGGUACUCAUCGAUCGACCAACGCCUCGAACAACUGGACCGGGACAAAAACUUUGCCAAAUGCAUCGACCAAAAGUGCGGCACCUGCUACGAGUGCCUGACGGAGAUGCGCGAGGACAACCACAUCCACCGGGAGCUGAAGGACGGCAUCAGCGCCCUCUAUAGUACCUGGGAUGAGACGGAAGUGAGAAUACGGACGAAAAUCGAGAACCUGUCUAGCUCUCUGCUCACCUGGAAGCAGCUGGAGGAUGGGUUGAGUGACUUUCGGAACAUUCUCAACCGAGAUCGCGGGAAGCUGCAGGGAAUCGAAGGAGCCCUCCAAAGUGGAGCCGGACGAACCGACGAGAUCGUCAACAGCGUCAAGGAAGUGGUCAAAGCUCUGUCCGAGAAGGCUGAGCCGCUUUUUCAGGAGCAUAACGUAUCCAUUCCGAUCAACCUUAAGCUGUCGUCUAGUGGUUCUCUGUCUGAUAGUGGCAUUUCCGAUGGUGGUGGCAUGUCUGAUGGCAGCCUAUCGGAGAGGGAGAAGCGGCUGAGUGCGUUGAAGCGACUGGUCAAACAGCUUGAAGUGGCUCUUGUUCCGGGAAGUGAGGCCAUGCAGACGAUCACCAAGCGGCUAGAGAUGGCCGAGCAUGAUCUGCGAUCGCUGCAAAACACCUGCCGGAAGAUCAUCAUGAGUGAAAAGGGCCAGAACGGAGGACUGGAUGUGACGGGACUGGACAUUGAGGGGACGAACGAGGGGGAAAGCAGCAGUAACAACAAUGACACCAAUGUCAGGAAUAAGAACAGAAAAGGGAAAAAGAACCGCACCUACAGCCCAUCGAAGCUGGCCGGAUCGGCCGUUGAAGAGACAGACUCCGAGGAAACGCGCCUGGAUCAGGAAGUGCAAACCGAUGCCGUCAGCGAUGAGGAUGAGCAGGGCCCACUGGUGGUGCAUGAUGGAGACCACGUGGUCCAGCCCGGAGUUCAACCACAUCAGCUGGGUCUGAUCCAGACGACGAAGCUGAAACUGGCGCAAAAUCGUUGGGUCUGGCGGAUUACCAAGAUCGCCCUGCCGGUCCAGCUGGCCCUGGUUCUGGUUAUGUGUGCGGCCUGUUUCUUCGAGCCGCACUGCUGCGAUGCCCUCAAUACGUACUCGAUGAGCUUCACGCCCCAGCUCCGGUAUAUCAAGGGACCGCCACCGGUUUAAUCGAGCAGAGGAUUUUCGUAGUUGUUGAUGAUUUUUCUACUUUUCUUUCGGAUUUUCCACCCAGGGAAAUUCGAGGGGAAAUUGUACGCAAUAUUUUUGCUGUUUACUACAAAUUUGUAUGAUCGUUUUUCUACACAGUGGAUAAUUUUAUAUCCUGGCGAUAUAGCAAAAGUUCGUGAACGAGUGAGAGAGAGAAUGUGAGAAAAACCUGUGCAUUACUAGAGAUAUAGCCUUUAAGGACUUUCACCGUUUUUAACCCAGCAGAAAGAGAAACUAUUUAUACAGAGUAGAAGUUUAUAUCUAUUAUUAUUAUUAUUUCCCGGUUUUAUUUUCGUUUAGCCCCCUAGGCGGUUGAAUAUUUCAAAAAUAUUAAACCAUUUCAAGUUACGCUAUAUCUACAUAGAAACGGAACCAGACAGUUACUAACCGUUAUUUCUUAUUUUAUUUUCUAAUCAAUAGCAAGUCAAGCAUGAAGCAAACAAAUUAAAAAAAAAAUACCGUCUGCGUGCUUUAGAGAAAAGAUAAACAGAAAAAACCUAUUGCAAGUUCUUAUGCAUCAUCAUCAUUCAUCAAUAUUACCAUUUUAGUCGUUAAGAUGAAUAUCUACUUAAACUGAUACCGAGAGCGAGAGCUAUUGAAGUCAAAGAAGAAAAGCAAAACCGCACAAAUCUGCUACAACGGCGGAAAACAAUCCGUAAGUGCCUUCUUCUAUAGCCUUGUUUAAAUACAUUUUUAUCCUUUCGAUUUCCAGCCAACAGUACACAUGAUUAACUUAAACAUAAUUAUAUUAAAUGCAACUCGUUAAAAAACAUUUUAAGAAAACAAAAAUGCAGCAGUAUAUGUUCCUCGUCGUACUAACGAUAGAUUAAAUUUAACACGUUCAUUUCAGUUGUCCCGUGUCGUCGUUCGGUUUCGUAAUCGCUUUCGUUGUAAUCUAACUUUUUUUUGUUUCGGAUAAUUAACCUUAUUUGCUUUGUAGGUAGUUAGUUUGGCUCAAAUGUAACCGACAAACUGCCCUUAAAUUAUAAUGAAGAGAGAAAAAAAAUAAAAAAAAAAGUGUAAAAAGAAAUUACCCCAUUAUCCCCUAAUAUGCGAAUAGCAUCCUUAUUAUGCACAUUUUCGGCAUUUGUGUAUAUUUUCGAACUAAUUUAUCAGCAACUUAUCAGCUACACUCCCACUCGGUUUUAAGUGUAGUGUGUAGAUAAAUUAAUUUCUUCUUACUAUUGUAGAAAUCUAUCGUUUUUUCUCCCCAAGGGGAAACUGAAAAACUCUUAGAGAUUUUCGCAGACCCCACGAAAUCGUGCUAUUUUGUGUUUAAAACAAAAACCUUUACAUUUAUUUCUCUAUCUAUACAUACAUAUAUCCAAUCUAUUCUAAGUUUGUUCUUAAAUGGAAAAACAAAAUCGAAAUUAAAACAAAACAAAAACUAACGAGCAAUAAUAUUGAAGAUAAAAAAACUAAAGUGGGAGAUGAGAGUAUUGGAAUUGGCGAAUAAAUGUUUAUUUUUUA